AUGCUUCCAGAAUCAAAUACAAAAGAUCGAUCAGCUAACUCUGUUGACCCCCGCACCACCCCAUCGGGUCGUGCGUGCGGGGGCGUCCAUAGCCCCAGUGUGAAGACCGAACAACUUUCUGACAGCAAAGAAGUCAAGAAGUGGUUCGAUAACUAUCUUGGUGUCGGCGAGUGGGUUAUGGACCAGUCAGUUGCCGUGAUGGGCUCCUCCAGCUGGUUCGAGCGUCGACGAUAA